AAUCAGUUGCAUAUCUAGGCUACAUUCAGUUGAACACGUUUAGACGUGCGGUUGCGAACACCGUUGUCUGUGGCCACUGGCCAGUCUGUCAUUUCCGCGACAGUUCAGUAAGCAGUUUCUAAUGUAGCCCAGCCUACAGUUUUUGUAAGGAAGUAGCACAUAUGAUUCGUUUUCAGCAAACUACACGAAUACUGGAGACUGAUCACUUUCCAGGCUCCCUGGCUGUCCGUCAUGAAGAAGCGAGCCAAUAAGGCGUUGGAGCAGGAUGAGCCUCUGUGCUGCUGUGAGUAUGUGGACCGUCAGGGGGAGAGGAGCCAUGUGGCAGCCUGCUGCUGUGACUGUGAGGACCUGGACGAUGCCUGUGACAGAUGGUUGAAAAAAGAGCCCCAGAAGGCCAACUCGCUGUCCAAUCUGGUUACUGUGAUGACCGACCGCCUCCGUGUUCCCUGGUUCUGGGGUGGAGCCCGGCGUGUCGACCUAUCGGUGCUCCCCCCACUGCUCCUACUUCCUGUCCUCCUACACGUCGCAGCCCUUCACUUCCUAUUGGGUAUAGUUGUUCUGACUGCUCUACCGGUCCUGGUUCUAUGGUACUACUAUGUCACCCACCGAAAGAAGGGCCGGACCCUGUUCUUCCUCAGCCUGGCCCUGUUCUCCCUGGGCUACAUGUACUACCUCUUCCUCACCGAGAUCUUCCCCAGGGGGGGUGUAGGGCUGACCCAGUUGGGCACAGUGACCUUGGGGGUGGCCCUGACUCUGGCCGCCCUUGUCCACACCAAGAGAGAACCUCGCUACGUAUGGCCACACCCGGCUUACGUCCACAGCACAGUGACCUAUCACAGCCCUCCACCGGACAGAGACCCCGGCCACAACGGGGUCGGGCAGGAAGUAAUGCUUGCCAAUCAGGGUAGUGGGUCGGAGCAGCAGGGCCAGGGGGUGGAGCAGAUGGAUAGUGGGCAGAGCAGGAACUGGUGCUCUGUGUGCAGGGUUUUGCGGCCCCCCAGGGCGGGACACUGCAGGAUCUGUGACAUCUGUGUCCUGAGGCUGGACCACCACUGUGUCUGGAUAAACAGCUGUGUGGGCCAGUCCAAUCACCGCAGCUUCCUGUUGACACUCCUCCUCUUCCUGUUGACCUCUCUGUAUGGGAUCAGUCUGGUGCUGCGCAGCGUGUGUCCUCAACAGAACCUUGUCACCGCUCUGGUCUACUGCCCUGGCGUCUACAACCAGCACAGCUCAGCGCUGUGUUUCACCUGUGCGUGGUAUAGCUGCAUAGUGACUAGUGGACUACUACACCUGCUGGUCCUGCAGCUCAUCAAUGUCAGCUACAAUGUGACGGAGCGAGAGGCGCGCACCGCUCUCCGAGACAAGACUGCCCACAGUCUCUACUGGGGCCUUGUCGUUGACACAGGAGUCUACUCACAUGGUUUCCGUGGCAACUGGGCAGAGUUCCUGACCAUGGGAGAAGGCCCGGACGCCCCCUGGCCCAGCCUCACUGACCUGGUGUAGCUGACCAUUGGAGAAGGCCCAGACACCCCCUGGCCCAGCCUCACUGACCUGGGGUGCGUUCAACAAGGAAAAUAGUUUGCGAACAUUGGCUAAUGUUAGCUAACAUAUUCUAUUUGUUUUGUGUUAGCCACGACCAUUCGCUAACGUUAGCUAACAGUCAGAAAGUAGUGUGCGGUGAACGUAAGUGUCGGUUUCAGGUCUUAACUGCCGCUACAAAAUCAAGUGGCCAUGUAGACUUUCUACUAUAUUUAGUAGGAGUAGCUAAGUCAUUUUCAGUUUGAAUACUGUCGCUAAAAAGCCACAGAAAAUCAUUACAAAAAGUUUCACUGUAACAUUUUGGAAUAUUUAUUCAACUCAAAUUGUUACUCUGGCAACAUGUUCACCGCAAACAGAAGCUUUGUUGAACUCUCCUCUGGUGUAGCUGAGCUGCUCAACAGCAUAAUGGCAUCGUUACAUGCUGACCAGACCGCUCGUGCGCGUGUUGAUUUUGUCCACCCACACCAGAUGCUAUCAGGACACGGAGGUUGAAAUAUCAAGUAAUCGCUCCUCCAGUUUUCAACUCUGGACUUUAUAUGGUGAUUGGCAAACAACUUCAAGGUGCGUUACCACUACCGCUGAAUCUCAGUUCAUCUUUCAAUCAGCCAGUGGGUAUAUGCUCCUAAAAACCAAUGAGGUGGGAUUCAUCAAGCGUCACAAAUAGAACCAGGUUCUAUUUUAGCGCCUGGCUACGCGUACGCUCGUGAGCAGUGUGGGUGCGAUGAUUGAAUAACAUGUAUGUGUACAUUGAUUUUGCGACGCGAGCGGUGUGGUCAGCAUGUUAGGAGUCAUUGAUCAAUUGGACGAUCCAGGUAGAAGUUGCCUACAGAUCUAGUCAUCUCUUACCCUCAUACAAUCUGACUUUAACCGUUAGGGGGAAGUACAUAAAACUGAGCGUAGAUCAGUCUGGGGGGGGGGCAACUUCACCCUACUCUGUGAUAGAGGCGUCACUACAGACCCUGGUUCGAUCCCGGGCUGUAUCACAACCGGCCAUGAUCGAGAGUCCCAUAGGGCGGCGCACAAUUGGCCCACCGUUGUAAAUAAGAAUUUGUUCUUAACUGACUUGCCUGGUUAAAUAAAUGAAAAUAAAUAUGGACAAGAGUUGGAGGAUGUGGCUGCGGUACUAUCUUUCACCACCAGAUGGCAGCAUAUCGCCACACCUCAGACUGUAAAGACAUCUCCCUCUCUCCUGUUAAUCAGUCUUCUACCUUGUCUGUCUGUAUGUCCCCUCCCUAUCUAUUAUGUCUUUCUGUUCUCCCCAGUCAGUCUUUCUGUCCUCUCCUUCCCUAUUCUGUCUGGGACUGGGAGGGAGGCCGAGCCAGUCUGAAAUCACAAGCCUUUGUUAAGGUGUCACAGUGAUCGGUUCUGUUGUGAAGUAGCGCCCCCCACAAUACCGUCCCUGAGCUGAACCAUAGGCUACAAUAACACACAACCACUUCUGUUAACUUUACUGACUGACAGCCUCAAUCAAAUCUCACCAUCUCUACCCCUCUCUCUCUCUCCCUGACCUUUUCUCCCAUUCUAGUGCUGCAAGUGCUCCAUGCACCUUUCAUCCAUCUCUAUCUCUCCAUCAAUCUGUCUCACGCUCCCUCUCUCUCUUCAUUUUCCUCGCGCAAUCUCUUUCCAGGGUCCUUCUACCAUUCUCUCGCUCUCUCCCUCCUCAGUUGAAGUGCCUUUGAUGGGAGAGGUGACCAAACCACAUGACCAAAAUAAAAUGAAGCCCUAGACGUUCCUUUCAACACUGAUUAACACUCCUCAAGAAAGGAACAGCUGUUGUCACUAUAUGUUAUUUUUUUGUACAACAGUUCCUGUGAGCUUCAGAAGGAAACAUAGGUUAUGGGUAUUUAUCAAACCGCAUCGUGUUGAUACAUCUCUGUGAAGAUGAAGUGUUGUUGCAUUAAACAUCACAUUUACAUUUUAGUCAUUUGCUUACAGAAGCAAUUAGGAUAAAGUGCCUUGCUCAAGGGAACAUUGAUUUUUCACCUAGUCAGCACAGGGAUUCAAACCAGCAACCUUUCAGUUACUGGCCCAAAGCCCUUUUACAUGUUCUGGCUCAGCUGAAAGCACCAUGCUCUACCAACUGCGCUACACAGGACUUAAGAGAAUAAAACAACAAAAGCACAGGGUUGUGGGAGAACAACUUCGACAGACUACCCACAGUGAGAAUCGUUCAUGGUGAUAUGAAAAACAUAAUGCUUUUUAUUUUGUAUGGCUUCAAGCUCUUGUCAAACUGCAUCAAACUGUGACUUCAAAAAUAUUAAAUAACCUGAAUUUUAA